AUGGCAGGGACGAUCAGCGAGCAAUCGAGGUUCUCACAUGAGAUAACGGACUUGCUGAAGUGGUCCGAGAAGAGGCUGCAGAAGCUGUCCAUGAAAGAUUCAUCAGAGGAUUCAAAUGUCCAAAAGAAUGUCCAGGGUCAGGACGGUGUUGAUUUGGAAGUGAAUAUAAAUGGGACGAAGUCUACAUUUGAAGACGAUGAGUUUGAGGAUGUGGGUUUCACUAGGGUUCAGAUGUCAAAACUUAAGAAAAGCCAAGCAUUCACUAGAGAAAGGGAGAGAGAAAUUGAGCAGGUUAUUGAAUCAGUCAACGAACUUGCACUUUUUUUUUUGGAAUAA